GUGUGGUAUUAAAUUCUAAUUAGAGAUGCAGGGAAUCACUGAUAGGGGAGGUUAGACAGCUUGGUCCCCCAGUGCCAGCCCAAUAGCCUGAUGAGUUAUUGUCAUGUAAAAAGCGCCAGCAAUAAGACCAACCGCUUUGCUAUUGUCCAAGUAGAAAGAGCCAAGUUUAUUAUGAGGACUCUAUGCUCUAGAGACCUCGGGCUAGGCGGCUCAUAGGAGGCUUUUCAUAAAACAAGGCUGUGCUCCUAUAAAGGAGGCCAGUUUUGAAGUAGGCUUUGAGCAGUGCACAUCUACCCACAGUCAAGCCUCCUUCAAACCAAAAAAAAAAACAGAAAAAAGAAAAAAAAUACAACCGCUAUCUCUCCCCAACAAUUUGAACAUUAAUUUAAAUCCUGCUGUUUUUAAAUCCACAUCGAAAUAGACAUACGUAUAUAUUUUGAAACUGCUUUUUUAAUCCACCGAGCCUUUGCAAAUGUAUAAAAUGGAAUAUUCUUACCUCAAUUCCUCCGCCUACGAGUCAUGUAUGGCCGGGAUGGACACCUCGAGCUUGGCAUCAGCCUAUGCGGACUUCAGCUCCUGCAGCCAAGCCAGUGGGUUUCAGUACAAUCCGAUCAGGACCACGUUUGGAGCCUCCUCCGGGUGUCCCUCCCUCACCCCGGGUUCCUGCAGUCUCGGGACACUGCGGGACCACCAGAGCAGCCCGUACGCCGCAGUACCCUACAAAUUGUUCACGGAUCACGGUGGCUUGAACGAGAAGCGGAAACAGAGGCGCAUUCGGACCACUUUCACAAGCGCACAGUUGAAGGAACUGGAGCGCGUUUUCGCAGAGACACACUAUCCAGACAUUUACACGCGCGAGGAGCUGGCGCUUAAAAUAGAUCUUACAGAAGCCCGCGUCCAGGUGUGGUUCCAGAACAGGCGCGCAAAAUUUCGCAAGCAGGAGCGCGCGGCAGCCGCUGCAGCCGCUGCUGCCAAGAACGGAUCUUCAGGGAAGAAAUCAGACGCUAGGGAGGAUGAAAGCAAAGAACCGAAAGUUACCGACCCAGACAGUACGGGAGGUCCGGGUCCCAACCCAAUUCCCAAUCCUAGCUGUGGGGGACCAAGUCCGACAGGGGGACAGGGUAACACCGUAGCCAGCGGGCCAGUGGAACAAGUGAAAACGUCUACAUCGGGUGGUCUGGUUGGCACCGCAUCGAAUCAGGGAUGGGCCUCCGCCCCCGGCACCAUCACUUCCAUUCCGGACUCAUUAGGUGGACCAUUUGCGAGCGUACUGUCUUCACUACAGAGACAGAACGGAGCCAAAGCCACUUUAGUAAAGACCAGCAUGUUCUGAACAGCGAGGAGAGACGCUCGAAAACAUAAACGUAAUUUAAAAAGCAAACGCUUAAAACUGGCGACUGUACUGCCCCGAGUAAAACGAGAGGGAUUUUCCAAAUACUGUACAUUCACAAGGCCGGUCAAGACGGCGGAGGAGAGAACAUUAUUGGUCGCAACAUCUUUGUGAACGUUCUGGAUCCCUCUGACCACCCUUUGAUGUUAUUAGUUCUCCAUCAAGGAACCGGGUAGCACAGUAAAUCUCGGUUCUGAGUAUUUGCUUGUUUCCACCCAUCUGCCUUUUCAUGAUAUAUUACGGUGGUUUUGAUCGGCACUUGCGUCAUUCCAUUAAGGAAAUUAUCUAUCGCCGUGUAGGUUUGGCGACUGCCGCCAGAUUUGCCUGCUCUUAAAAACUUAAACAGUAUUAAAAUCUAAUACUGUAUUCAAAUUUUCUCUGACCGUACGUUAAUUCAUCGCUAUUUUUGUUUGCCUAAAAUGUAUAAGCCCCAUGGUCGAUUGUCACAACACUAAUCGCCAUACACAUAUUUUUAAUUGAAGGAUUUUAGAACAUUUACUUUUUAUUUCUUUUAAAAUUGUUGCGAGAAUUUCAGUUCAUAUAUAUUUUUCACCAAAGGCACAAACUACAAAUUUCAAUGUUAUCAAGAAUAAUUCAGAUCUGUGUGUGUCUUUCUACGGCUGUGUUUGUGUGGCUCAAUUGUAUAGUGUUAAUACAAGUGUAAAAUUGUCAUCUAUAGUUGAGCAUAGGAUAUGUUUACCCUUGUACUUUAUGGAGUCUUUUUGACGUUUUACAAGGUCACCACGGGUUAAUUUCUUUCAGUUACAGAGGAAAGUGUUCCGACAUUGUAUUUAUUAAAAUCUUAUUUGCAUGUUGUCCUUUUCAGUCCAAUUUUAUGAUUAUCCAUUUCCCUUUUUGUGAGCAUAAUAUGGCAGGUUUUGUUCAGGAUUUGAAAGCUAUUUAUAUGUAAGUAUAACGGAUGCUUAUAUUUAAGAGGGAAAUAUUUCUACAUGUGCUUAGUUUUCCAGGAGUGUACCAUUGACUUGGUUGUUAAUAAAAUGAUGAGCAAAGUUA